GUCAAAAAAGCGGCCACACACGCACACAAACAAAAGCGCAGCCAGGAAGGUGACAAAAACUCGUAAAUUUCCCAAAUAAUUAAUCGGAAAACGGCGUAGAACGGUGAAAUAGUCGGUGUGUCGAUGGCCGUGAGCAGGAUAAGUGCCUGAAUUCCCCAGCGGAAGUGCACUGAGGCGUGCAGUUGGGUGCUUUCGGGUCGAGAGGGGAGCUUUCCGUGGCCAAGAGUGCAAUGGUGGAAGGAAUCUGGUUGACUGCGGAAAAUGGGGAAAUUCGAAGGAAAACCGUACGUGCAGGACAACUAUCCCACGCGGCGGAAGGCGGCCCAGCCGCAGGAGGAGUGCGAGAAGAAGAAGAAGAGGGACUCACUCCGGAAGGUGUCCAAGAUCCUGCAGAAGUGUGAGACGCUGCGCACGGCGGAGGAGACGCGAUUGCUGGAGUCAUGCAAGGAGGCGGUGAAGGAGAUCUCGCAGAGGCGCGAGAAGGUGCAGCUGUACAAGGAGCGCAUCCAGGAGAAGGAAGAUCCGCCGGAUGUGAUUGAGACGAAGGCGAAGAGGCUGGCCGAGGCCAUUACGCGGGCGCGCCACCUCAUUUGCUACACAGGCGCAGGGAUCAGCACGUCGGCGAGGAUUCCUGACUAUCGCGGCAGCAAUGGGAUUUGGACGCUGCUGGCGCAAGGCAAAGACAUUGGGAAGCACGACUUGUCACUGGCGGAGCCCACUUUCACCCACAUGGCGCUCUAUGAGCUGCACCGGAGGAAGAUGCUGCGCUUCGUAGUGUCGCAGAACUGCGAUGGAUUGCACCUGCGGAGUGGCCUGCCCAGGAAUUCCCUGUCCGAGGUGCACGGGAACAUGUACAUCGAGGCGUGCAAGCACUGCAAGCCUAAUUUGGAGUACUGGCGUCUCUUUGACACCACCGAACUCACGGCGCGGUACAACCACAAGACCAUGAGGCGCUGCCACACGUGCGGGAAGCCGCUGGUGGACACGAUUGUGCACUUCGGGGAGCGCGGCUGCCUGCGGUGGCCGCUGAACUGGGCGGGAGCGUGCGCGCAGUCGGAGAAGGCCGAUGUGAUCCUGUGCCUGGGCUCCAGUCUCAAGGUACUGAAGAAGUACUCGUGGCUUUGGGCGAUGGAUCGGCCGGCGAAGAAGCGACCGAAGCUGUACAUCGUGAACCUGCAGUGGACACCCAAAGACAAUGUGGCGGCGCUGAAGAUCAACGGAAAGUGCGACGCGGUGAUGCAGCUUGUGAUGAAGCACUUGAACAUUGCCGUGCCGGAGUACAAGAGACUGAAAGAUCCCAUCUUCACGCACGCCAGCCUCCUGAAUCCGCUGGAGUUGCACACGGUGAGUCAACCGAUGCUCAAGUCACAGAAUGAGCUGGAGGGCGCCGAGGAGGGAGAGGAGAAGCCUCUGGAGGCGUCGUGGGAUGACUCCCAGAACGCCUUGGAUCUCUCCAGUGAUAGACACUCAAGCAACCUGUCCGACAGGCCGGAAGAAGUGGUGGUGAAAGUGGAACCCAGUGAUGUGAAAGUGGAGGAGGACGUUAAACCCGAAUCCAGUGCGUCAGUUCCACGGGAGACCAGUGAGAUUAAGGAUGAGAUUGCCGAUGAGGAGGAGGAGAAAGAGAAAGAGUCUCCGAAGGGAGACGACGAAGCAGUAAAUAGCGUAGAAUACGAUAAGACUUCUAGGUGUAAGGAAAGUAGUUUAGAUGAAAACUCAGGUGAACCAAGAGAUGAAAGCCCAGAGACUGAGAAGGAGGAGCGCGUCUGUGAGACAGUUGAUCCUCCUGAAGAGUCCAGUUUGUCCAACACUCCGCUGGACUUGAGCUGCAAGCCGGAGAGUCCGAAUGAGUCAAACAUCACACAUCGAUCUCCUGAAGCAACACAGUCGAGUCCUGUGGUGAUCUCCCAAUUGCCGGAAAUGCUCGCGCAGCACGCGAGUGGCGGUGACGCGACAGCCUGUGAUAGAAGCAGCACGGAACUCUUUGGAGAGCAACUGCUGAAUGUGGCCAAAAUACAGUUUAGCAACGCUCUGCGGAAUUUGCGCAAUUUCCACCUGAAGUCAGAGAGGAGAUUUCACUUUCCAAUUGGCGAGAAUGCGUCCGUUGACAGUGCAGAGCAAGCAUCGCAGGAAGUUGAGAAAUCCCCCGAAGAGUACUACAAGGACCUCCUGAACUACUACAAGGCCAUCGAGGGCUCACUGCCGUAUUGGUAUGACACGAACUACGCCUACUCGGGUCUGCACAGUAUUAUCAAUCCUCCGCCAUCGGACAUGGAUCUCUGGGGAUCGAUCUUCAUCCCAAUAUUCCAAAUCAAGGGCGCCACAAAUGCGGAGUGCGAGUUCUGCUUUGACAACUACGGCGAGCUGGCGUGCCAAUUUUACACGGCGUGGAAGCCCGAGUUCCAAGUCACGGCCAGGCGCAAUGGCAAGGUGAUCGUCUGCGAGUGCUGCGACUACACGGACGAGGAGGAGUCGGAGGAGGAGGGCCCGGCGAAGACGUCUUCCGUCGAGGAGGAGAACAGUGUGUCCGACGAGGCGAGUGGGCGCGAGGAGAAGCGCCCAAAGCUCGACGGCGAGACGCGCGAGCCAAAAAUCCAGGCCGGCUGGUAUGGGAAGGGCUACAGGAAGAAUCGGAAGCGCAAAAAGAGUUGAAGCGACUGGCGGUGGGCUUUUAUUUUAACGUGUAUAAGUUAAUUUCGUGGACUUUCAUCUUUCCCUUAUAUUGUAUUAAAGGAAUAAUAAUAAUGACAGUGAGGAUUUUGCUUUGCUGACAGGAUUUCUUCUAAGAACACCACUUGCCACGACUAGAUAUCAAAGGAUUGUCUAUAUUUUAACGCUAAGAUCAUUUAAAAUGUGUUCCGUGUCAAGAGAGAGUGGAAAUAUAGAGAAGAUUCAA